AUGUCGGAAGCCAAUACAUUCGCUAUUCAAGGAUAUAACUUGUCCAAGCUUUUGAAACGAUUGGAAGACGCAACGGCGCGUUUGGAGGACGUCACUUUAUACCAGGAAGGAUACGUUCAAACCAAGAUUGAUGCGCUUUCCAAGGGCCAAAAUGACGAGAUUGAGGCAAAAGAGGCUAGAGCUGUAAGUCCUGCGGAGCCCAUUAUAGCCGAGUCCACAGCGGAACCUGAGCCCGCCAGCAUCGUUGCGUUCCGCGAAUUCCUAGAUACACAUUUGAAACCACUGCUCGAAAAUUCUGGGAAAAUUGAUCCCGCGGUGAAAGCGGCCAUUGAAUACUUGCAGAAAGCGUUUGAGGCGCAAGCCCGGUUCUUGAGAGUCGCCGUUGCCGCAAAGAAGCCAGAUUUUGGCUCUGCAGCCUUUGCAAAAUCCUUACAACCUUUGAACGAACAAAUUAUGGCUAUAGGCUACCUGAAAGAUCAAAAUCGCCAAAGCAGUCAUUUCGCACAUCUCAAUGCGGUAGCAGAGGGUGCUCCUCUCUUGGGGUGGAUUGGUGGGGAAGCUCCAGUGUCGAUGAUUGGUGAUUUUAAAGAUGCGGCCCAGUUCUGGACCAAUAGAGUUCUGAAGGAUUUCAAGGAGUCUGACCCUAACAGCGUCGAAUGGGUCAAACAAUUCCUUGGCCUUUUUGAUGGCCUCAAAAGUUACGUAAAAGAGUUUCAUACCACGGGCCCAUCGUGGAACGCCCAGGGUAUGGAUUUUGAAGAUGCUUUAGCUAAAUAUGGUGGCGAAGGAGCUCCAAUUGUUUCGGACACGAGCGACUCUCCUUCGUCUACAUCUGCACCACCACCUCCUCCUCCUCCUCCACCGGCCUCGGUUUUCCAGUCACAAGACGAGCCUCCAUCAAAUUCAGGAGGUAUUGACGCGGUCUUUAGCGAACUGAAUCAAGGCGAAAACAUCACGAAGUCAUUGAAAAAAGUGGACAAGUCUCAACAAACCCAUAAAAACCCCACCCUUCGGGCAUCAGCAAUUACGCCAUCGUUAAGAACUCCACCUCCCAAACCAAAGAAGCCUACCACCUUAAAAACCAAGAAGCCCGCUAGAAAGGAGCUAGUAGGCAAUAAAUGGUUUAUUGAAGGGUUUGAGAAUGAAGAACAGCCAAUCGUGGUCGAGGUUACCAGAGAUGAAUCCAUUUACAUCGGAAAUUGCAGUAGCGUUUUCAUUCAGGUUAAAGGUAAAGUUAAUGCAAUCUCUGUGAGUGAGACAGAACGCUGUAACUUGGUUUUAGAAAGCAGCAUUUCAGGUUUAGAUAUCAUUAAGUCUGUCAAGUUCGCCAUUCAAGUGGAACAACCGCUUCCCCAAAUCAGCAUUGACAAAAGUGACGACGGUACCAUUUACCUCAGCAAGGACUCUUUGAACACUGAAAUUUUCACGUCCUGUUCUACAUCUCUUAACGUCAACUUCCCCAUUGGCGAGGACGGCGAUUUCGUGGAAUUUCCAGUCCCGGAACAACUCAAGCAUAGUUUUGCCAAUGGUAAAUUGAGUAGCGGUAUAUAUGAGCAUGCAGGCUGA